UUCAUCACUGCAAUUACCAUUAAUGCAACUUCGAAUUAGUCGUUGAUUAUUUCUCCCCUUUCCACCCUAUGUAUGCAAUUAUCUUCUCCACCUUCAAUUCCACAGCUCAAAGCCCAAUGGCCUCCAUUUCCAAAGAAGAUAAGCAAGGUUCUUCUGUUAAGAAUGUUGCUGUAAUUGGAGCUGGUGUUAGUGGGCUAUCUGCAGCAUAUAAGUUGAAAUUGCAAGGGUUGAACGUCACAGUCUUUGAAGCUGAUGGGAGAGUUGGAGGGAAGUUAAGAAGCAUUUCUCGAGAUGGUUUGAUAUGGGAUGAAGGAGCAAACACUAUGACUGAAAGCGAGGCACCUGUUGGGUUUUUGCUCGACAAUCUUGGACUUAGGGAUAAGCAACAAUUUCCACUUUCGCAACAGAAACGUUAUAUAGCUAAAGACGGAGUGCCAGUAUUGCUACCAUCAAAUCCUGUUGCGCUUAUCAAAAGCAAUUUUCUCUCGGCAGGGUCCAAGCUUCAAAUAUUUUUGGAGCCAUUUUUGUGGAAAAGUAUUAAUGCAUCCAAGAGGCCUGACGAAAAGGAAAGUGUUGGUGCUUUCUUCCAACGACAUUUCGGGAAAGAGGUUGUUGACUAUCUUAUUGAUCCUUUUGUUGCUGGAACUAGUGGUGGAGAUCCCGAGUCUCUAUCAAUGCAACAUGUAUUUCCAGAGAUAUGGAAUCUUGAGAAAAGGUAUGGUUCAAUCAUAUCUGGGGCUAUUCAGUCUAAGUUAUCUGCCAAAAAGGACACAUCCGGUGGAGUGGACUCAUCAGCAAAGAAGAAGCAAAAGCAUGGUUCAUUUUCGUUUCUAGGUGGGAUGCAGACACUCACCAAUGCAUUGUGCAAUGAACUCAGCAAAGAUGAACUUAAACUUCAAUCGAAGGUGCUGGAAUUAGCUUGUAGUUGCAGUGAGAAGUCACCUCAAGAUAGCUGGUCAAUUUCUUAUGAAUUGAACGACAAAAAGCUUUCCAGUGAGAAGUCCUUUGAUGCAUUAAUAGUCACGGCCCCUCUUUCUGAUAUUAAACAAUUGAAGAUUACCAAAAGAGGAAACCCGUUUCUCCUAGAUUUCAUUCCUGAGUUAGUUACAGGGUCAUCAAGAGCCUAUCUUUUAUACCUACUGCCUUCAAUGGAAAUUGGUGUUCAUAUGCCACUUCACUAUGAGCAGGUUAACUAUUUACCAAUGUCUGUCAUAAUCACGACAUUUAAGAGGGAAAAUGUAAAGCGACCACUUGAAGGCUUUGGUGUUCUCAUACCCUCGAAAGAGCAACAAAAUGGCUUGAGAACACUCGGCACUCUCUUUUCAUCAAUGAUGUUCCCAGAUCGGGCACCAUCUGAUGUUUAUCUCUACACUACAUUUGUUGGUGGAAGUAGAAAUCGGGAGCUAGCCAAAGCUUCAAGUGAUGAACUGAAGCAGAUAGUGACAUCUGAUCUUAGACAGCUAUUAGGUGCAGAGGGAGAACCUGCCUUUCUGAAUCACUAUUAUUGGAGCAAAGCAUUUCCUUCGUAUGGGCUUAAUUAUGGUUCGGUCAUACAAGCUAUUGACAAGAUGGAAAAGGAACUCCCUGGACUUUAUUAUGCCGGAAACCACAAGGGAGGAUUAUCAGUAGGCAAAGCAAUCUCAAGCGGUUGUCAAGCAGCUGAUCUUGUUAUAUCAUAUCUCGACUCUACCUCUGAUGCUAAAGGGAGAUCGCAAUGAAGAGAUCAAGCAACCUGCCUGAUUUUGAUUCCUUCAGAGAUUUUUUUCUCUCAUUAUAUUUCAGAGCAUCUGUAGUGGAAUGAUGUUCAACCCAGUGAACAUUGACUUGAUCUUGAUAUAGCAUGUUGCUCAUCGGAGGGCAAGGCUGGCCACGAGCUGCAAUCGGGGGGAGCCCUGCCAAAAGGGUUUACUUGUAUCGUCUACCCAAACUGUUCUACUUUGUGAUUAACAUUACUUUCUUGAACUUGCUAAUUCUUGAUCUGUUCAAGAAUUGUGGAACUGUUGUGUUAGUAGACGACAAUGAUGUUACUCUGGUGCUUUGGUUUGUUCUUUAUAUACUCCCUCCAUCCUACAAUAAGAGUCCUAUUUUGCCAUCGA